UCGCGAUAGAAACUAGCUGAAGCGCCUCAAUUCCCUUCGAGAAGUUUGUAUCCCAGCGUUCCUGGCCGUAACCACGCCCCAGUAAUGUGACGCUUCGCUCCUGCGGAUUGGUCGGCGGCGCGAGGCACGUGACGCGGCUGAGGGGAGAGGAGGCGGGGCCGCUUGGCGCGAGCCGGGGUUGUGAGGAGUUCGCGCGGGAGACAAACGGCAGAGCGGGAAAGAUUGCGCGCGGCUGGAAGAUUUGCUGAGAGGAGCCGAGGAGAGAAAACACCGGGAGCCGAUUUUUUUGCAGUGCUUACAGCAAUCUCUUCAGCAUCAUGGCAAAGGUGCAGAUACUCAACAUGGUGGUGCUGGAUAACCCUUGUCCUUUCCGUAACCCUUUUCAGUUUGAGGUUACUUUUGAAUGUAUAGAAGAUCUUCCUGAUGAUUUGGAGUGGAAAAUAAUAUAUGUGGGUUCAGCAGAAAGUGAAGAAUAUGAUCAAGUCCUGGAUUCAGUGCUAGUAGGACCAGUCCCUGCUGGCCGUCAUAUGUUUGUAUUUCAGGCAGAUGCUCCGAAUUCCAGCCUUAUCCCAGAGUCGGAUGCGGUGGGGGUUACAGUCGUCUUGAUCACUUGCACUUAUAGGGGUCAAGAAUUUAUCCGUGUUGGCUACUAUGUAAAUAAUGAAUACUCUGACCCUGAGCUUCGAGAGAAUCCACCACUGAAACCAGAUUUCUGUCAGCUUCAAAGGAACAUUUUGGCAUCAAAUCCACGUGUUACGCGCUUUCACAUCAAUUGGGAGAGUACAGGCGAGUCAAAGAUGGAAGAUAUUGAGAAUGUGGACCCUGCUGCUCAUGCGAUGCUUCCUCCAACCUGCGCACCUGUGAAGGGUCUUUCUGGUGCACUUAACCCAAUUCCAGAGAACUCAAUGGACUGUAUGUGAGUGCCGGAGCACUCCAGCUUGGGGAUCAGUUUAUAAACCUCUACUCACUGUGCCGGAAAGACAUAUUAAAGAUCAAGCCGGUCAGCACCAGCUUCUAAUCUCAUCAAGUGGUGCUUGUGGUCACUGCCAAUCUUCCAAUGGUGCCUGAGACCCUCCGAACACACUGCUGUAAUGUCUCAUGCAUGUGGGUAGCUAGGCACAUCACAGCUAUGCAACAUCAUGCAGUGUUUGUAUGCUCAUGGCUUGUGUUCAUCACCAGAGAACAGAGGUUGUGAAGCACACACUGCAGUUUGGCAAUGUAAUGCUGUUUGGCCUGUGAGCAGCUUUAGGCUACUAAAGUGUUGCGUCACUAGCCUGCGCUUAACAGGCGUUGUUGAACAGUAGUUGCCUUGUAUGAGCAAAAGCUAGUCGGUGUUUAGCUGUGAUGAGCCUAGCUACCUGUAUGCGUGAGCUGUAACUUGAAGUAAUAAGACCCUCCAAUCGAGCAACAAAAUGCAGAUUGAAGAGGCGCUGCCUCAUACUUGUCCUGUGUGUUUUUUUUGUUUUGUUUUUUUUUUGGUUAUAUGAUCAUUAUUUGGCAGUGCCAUCUAGGUGUUGUAAAUACAGGUUUUCACUGAUAUCCACAAUUUUUUCUUAUGAAUUUCAUCUCUAUCUUAAACUGCCAAAGGAGAUCCAACGAAAGGAAAAAAAAAACUCUUCUGUCGUGUUACAGCAGUUCUGUAGUAUCCACUUAACGUCCUUACCGUAUGUGAAUCAUUGCUCUUGAUCUGAUAGUUUCAGUCCUUCCUCCUUUUUAUAAUUUCACCCUUUAUCCAGUUACACUAGCAGACUUUUGUCUUUUAUGUCAAGGUUUAAUGACAUGUUUGAUACGCCCAAUGAAGGCAGCAUUGUUUCUAUAAUAUUUGGAUCCCAAAUACAUCCUGCUUAUCGUGGACUUUUCCUACCUCUACGUCAGAGAUGCACGCAGGUCAGCCCCACUACAAAGGGUUGAAGACAUCAAAGGGCGGUAUUGGUGUCAAUGUUGCAUCAGAGAGAAAAAAUAAGCACUUAACCAGCACCAGGAUAUUUUAAUGGUGAAUAAUUUGUUGCCCCUUUGAUGAAAGCUCCUUUGCAAAAACAGCCUCCACUUUUGACAUUUGCAAAAUGUGCAUUCUUUGCAUCAAUAAUUUUUUUUUAAGCAGUUUUGAUUCUGCAUCCAGCAUGUUGUCCAGUUUUGUAUUUUGUUACUGUGUGGCUUAUUUAGGAGUUUCCACCAUUUUCUGUGGUUUGAUAUUUUUUUUUUUUAUUGUGUAUUUGUGUAUGUAUAUAUAUUUUGUAUGUAGCAACUUUUUGAAAUAAAAGCACUUUGUGCACGAAUGAGUUCUUAUAAUGUAAAGGUG